CCCGCAAAUGUCUCAGAAGCAGAUUUCCAAGACAUUGGUUCCGACAACGAGCUCCAGAACCCUGCCCACACGCCCCCAAAGUGGAAUGAUCUGUCGACUCUCAAUUGUACUAUACUGUGGUGUUUGAGAUGGCUCGCACAACCGCCGAGCUUGGCGGGGGAGCAGUCAGACUGGAGAAGAGUAGGAUCCGCCGAACAAGGAUCAAGCUCAGAAUGGCGUUUACCCACUUUGGGGAACCAGUGGUUUAACUGUAUUCUUGCUCCCCGGCACAGCAACCAACCAGGUGUGGAAAAGAGAAGGCGGCUGAGGCCUGCAAGACAGGGCGUCCAGCCGCUGGGGGCAUGCCUCGACAGAAAGUGGAGGUCCGGCCAAUGGCAGCACACAGCGACCGCCUGGGUUCGCCCAAGCGCCGGCGAGCCAGCACGCAAACCCCCGAGCCUGCCCAAUCGUUUUGCGCCGCUUCCGAAGAACCUCCAAAAUGGUCACCUACCUUACGGUCUAGGUCAGACCCGGAGAGUAACUGUAGCGAUUGUUGAAUUGAGAUGA